GCCCACCGCGGCCGCCCGGUCCCCUGCCGGGUCUCAGGUUCCGGCCUCAGCUCGCGGAGAUCGGAGGCAUGGAGGCGGGCGCCGGCAAGGUGGGCAGCCUGGGGCGCGCCGUAUGCGUGCUGACCGGGGCCUCCCGCGGCUUCGGCCGGACGCUGGCCCAGCUCCUGGUCCCGCUGCUGUCGCCUGGCUCCGUGCUGGUCCUAAGCGCCCGCAACGACGAGGCGCUGCGGCAGCUGGAGGCCGAGCUGGGCUCCGGGCGGCCGGGCCUGCGCCUGGUGUGGGUGCCCGCCGACCUGGGCGCCGAGGCAGACUUACAGCGGCUGCUCGCCGCCGUGCGCGAGCUCCCCAGGCCCGAGGGCCUACAGCGAAUGAUGCUCAUCAACAACGCGGCCACUCUUGGGGAUGUGUCCAAAGGCUUCGUGGACCUGGCUGACUCAGCUGAAGUGAACAACUACUGGGCUCUGAACCUGACCUCCAUGCUCUGCCUGACUUCCAGCAUCCUGAAGGCCUUCCCGAAGAGUCCUGGCCUCAGCAGGACUGUGGUUAACAUCUCAUCCCUCUGUGCGCUGCAGCCCUUCAAGGGCUGGGCACUGUACUGUGCAGGGAAGGCUGCUCGUGACAUGCUGUUCCAGGUCCUGGCCGCAGAGGAUCCGAGUGUGAGGGUGCUGAGCUAUGCCCCAGGUCCCCUGGACACAGACAUGCAGCAGCUAGCCCGGGAGACCUCCGUGGACCCAGACCUGCGAGAAAAGCUGCAGGAGUUGAAGACAAAGGGGAAGCUUGUGGAUUGCAGGGUGUCAGCCCAGAAACUGCUGAGCUUGCUGCAGAAGGACAAGUUCAAGUCUGGAGCCCAUGUUGACUUCUACGACGAAUAAGCCCAUGUCCUUGGCUUCCUGGGGGGCUUUCUUUCCCUCUUUCAGGCACACCCAGGAGCCCUGCACCUCCCCACAUCCUGCCACAGUGCCACUGCCAACCCUGCCCUCAGAUCCAGCCAGCUGUGAGGGCCCCGGUGGCUGAAGUUUCUAAUCUCAGGAGUCUGGUUUGACCACCCUGAGUUAGGAGUAGGCUUGGGAGAGACAUGUUGUGGGUUUUGGUGUUUUCCCACCCCAGGAGUAGAAUUUUAGGGAUGAGAAAAGCAGAAGAAGCUAAAACACUGAAGAGAGGAGGUUGGGUCUCCUGCCCAUGGCCAGUCCAUGCGGAGGAGGGGGCUGAGCUAGUGUCAAAUAGCAGGGCCCAUGAGGAUUCACAGAUGGCCGGGAGGGGAGGGAGGACAGUGCAAGUCCCGGCCCACAGGGAUGCCCCUUGCUCAGGGUGGCAGGACCUUCUGUUAAAUUUCAUGUCCUCAAUCGGAUGCUUCUUCCCUCCAGAACCUACCAUCCAUCCCCAACAUGGGGGAGUGGGUCCUGAGAAUUUAUGUACACGUUCAAGACAGAUACAAAUAAAAUGUGGAUUGGCCUUUUUUUCA